AUUUUAGUUCCUCCGAGGAUAGACGAAGGAAACACCAGCACUGAUCACGAGGUCAGAGAAGGCGAAGAGGUGACACUGAAAUGUGUCGCUACUGGCUCCCCUGAACCUACUAUAACCUGGCGAAGAGAAGAUGGUCAACAGAUCUCUACUGGGACCAAAAAGGUUACUUCGGUAAUUGGAUCGUCUCUGAGCAUUCUGAAUGUGAACAGACAUCACAUUGGAGCCUACCUGUGUAUAGCAUCCAAUGGUGUUCAACCAUCCGUCAGCAAACGAAUCGUGCUUGGAGUGGACUUUCCUCCUCUAAUCGAAGUACCAAAUCAAGUAGUCGGAGCUGCUACAAGGACUGACGUCACCCUAGAUUGCAACCUCGAGUCCCAUCCCAAAUCAGUAACUUACUGGACCAAGAAGAAAAACGUCAUUGUUAUCUCUAAUUUCAAAUACAAUAUCACGGAAGUUCCCCACGGACCUUACAAAAGUCAAAUGAAACUUCGAAUACGAAAUCUUCAACCGGAAGACUACGGAACCUACUGCUGUUCGGCCAAGAAUUCUCUCGGGGAUGCAGAAGGAAACAUUAAACUAUACGGUGAGUGG